AUGGAUUUUUGGUUAAAAGACGGAAUUGCCCCCGUCUCUCACACACUCUCUCUCUCCCGCGCGUCGCUCUCUCUCUCCUCUGGUUCGCGACAGCCACCGUGGCCGACCACGUUUUGGCCGGCCGUUCGCUCGUCCGGCCACCAAAGUCGACGGGGCCGGUACCAAAAUGACGGGGCCGCCGUCCUCUUCCUACCCCAGCCAGGUCUCGCCGUCAGCCGUCGAGAUUUCGCCGGAAAAUCGAAGAGAAAAGCUCGGUUUCGCCCGAAACUUCGCCGGCUUCGUUCUCCGUCGUCUGGCCGCCAUUUUUGGCGAUCAAGGGAAGGCUCUGCUGAAAUUUCGGCAGAAAGUGUCGUGCCCUUGAUCCUCUAUGGGUUCGUCUCGGGUUCCGGGAAAUUCAGGACGGGUCCUGUCAGCUUGGUAUCAGAGCUUAGGUUCAAUUUCUUGUGGACUCCGCACCUUGUGUGCAUCUUUAAGUUGUGGGAUCAUGAUGGAAACGUGUCUAUCCAAAUUGUCGCAUCUCAAUAUCCUAUGGAAGGAAAUGGAGGAGCUGAAAAUAUUGAAUCCGAUGAGAUGAAAUUGUCAGAGGAAGUUGAUGGACAAGUUACAAGGGAAUGGAAGAGUUGUGAGUCCGACCAAGGAGGGUCGUGA